CAGGUGUGAGGGCGGGGCCUGAGGUCAGAGAGAGAGAAAGGCGCGAGAACACCACCAACUGCCGAGUGACUGAGUCAGUGAGUGAGAUGUCCGGGGAUGGCGCCUGGCGUAGGGGCUCCGGGGAGCCGAGCUUCGCUCAGAUUCUGAAGAAGAACAUCCCUCCGAAGCCGCCGGCGCCGACGCUGAGCGUGACCUUCACCCCCCAGGCCGGGGCCGCGGAGGAGUCAGACUCCGGGGUAGCCAGAGUCAUUCAGCUUUCGGGGCAAUAUCCAAAGUCGCAGUUUGUUGAAAAUGCGAAACCGCUCCCGAACACUUCACUGCCUCCCAAGAAGGUGCCUCGAGAGUUUAUUGAUAAAUGCCGUCGUGGUGAGAUCAACCCUGUUUCAGCUUUGCAUCAGUUCGCACAAAUGCUGCGAAUGCAACUCAUUUUGAAAGAAACUAUAGCGACAGGGAAUGUUUUCGGACAGUAUUUUGCCUUUUGUGCAGUGGUUGAUGGCAUUGAGUACAAAACUGGAAUGGGUCAAAAUAAAAAAGAAGCAAAGGCAAAUGCUGCACAGUUAGCUCUCGAUGAAUUGCUGGACACCGAACUGAUCAAGACUCCAAUUAUCGGUCCAACUCCGAUCCCUGCUGAACGAAAGGUCGUUCCUGCACCAAGUCUCCCUUCAAGGAAUCAACCUUCAAAGUUAGGCUAUGAAGGAAGGAAUUCUUAUUACAUGGCGAUUUCUGUUGCCUGUAAGGAGGUGUUCAGCAAGCUGACUGCUAACCACCAGGAACACCAAAAUUGUGGGAAUUCCCUGGCUGCUUUUGUAGUUGAAAAAUUUGGACAGCCCUGUGAAGUUGUUGCAGUUGGAACUGGGGAGAUAAGUUACAAUGGCCCUUCUUAUCCCGAAGGCCGAAUAGUGCACGAUUCCCACGCUGUGGUGACUGCGAGGCGCUCACUGUUGAGGUAUCUUUACAGACACCUUCUUAUGUUUUAUAACAAAAAUCCUGAAGUGGUGAAGCAGUCUAUUUUUUGCACCAACUCUGAAGGAAAAGUUCUUACCCUCAAGGAUCGGACUAACUUUCACCUUUAUCUGAAUCAACUACCAAAAGGUGCUGCUCAGAUCAAACGGCUACAUCUGGCCCCUCACUCAAUAUCUGCGUUUCACACAAAUAAAGAAAUGGAGCUUCAUAUUGUUUUGGAUGGCAACGUGUACUCCGUUAGCCACUGUAGUUCUGAAGUAACUGCAACCAGAGUAUGUAGUAUGUCUGCCAGUGACAAACUCACCCGUUGGGAAGUACUUGGAGUCCAAGGUGCUCUUCUCAGUCAUUUCAUUGAACCCAUCUACAUCAGCAGCAUCCUGAUUGGUGAUGUAAAUUGCAUUGACACACGAGGAAUGGAUAUAGCGAUUAAACAGCGUGUAGAUGACUCACUAACUUCAAAGCUCCCUAACUUGUACAUUGUCAACAAACCUCAUAUUUGCCUGACAGAAGUUGCGUAUCCCUCACAGGCAAAUACGGUCAAUAAAAUGCUCAGUCUGAAUUGGUCUCAGUCAGAUGGUUUAUUAGAAAUUGUGAAUGGUGUGACUGGAAAGAUUGCUGAAAGUUCACCAUUUAAAAGUGGCGCCUCCAUGACUAGUCGUUUAUGCAAAGCUGCCAUGCUGAGUCGCUUCUAUCUUGUUGCUAAAGAAGCGAAUCGAGAAGAUUUGUCCACAGUUGCAACGUAUCAUGUAGCAAAGAUGAUGGCAAAAUCGUAUCAAGAAGGAAAAACAUUGCUGAAAUCAUCCUUGGAACAGCAUGGAUUUGGUAUUUGGCUAGUAAAGAAUCCAAAUGAUGAACAGUUCCAUAUGUGAAGACCAGGAUUGUUUGUUUCAAAUCCUGGUUUCUCUCUGUUCAUCUGCAAAAGAAAAUGGCCUUCAACAGAAGUAGUUUAAAAAAAAGGAACAGAAAGAAGCUUGAGGGUGUCAGCUCUGGAGUGUUCCUACCUAGAACUAUUAGUAGCUAAAUCAUUCCUUUUUUUUUCUAGGAUUUUUUUUAAUAUACACAAAGCAUGGCACGUUAGUGUUCAGUGAACAAAUUAUAAAGAACUUUCUGAAAACAUUACUCAUUAUUACUUGCUGUAAAAUACUACAGAAGUAAAAUAGUAAUGACUAGAUAGGUUCCAAGUAUUGAGUGCCAGCCAACUUACUUAUUGGAUCUUCGAAAUGUGUUCUUGUACAUAUUGUAUGUAGUUUAGUAGUGCAGUCUUGCAUUAUUACAGGAUUUACCAGCAGUGCUGCAGAGUAUGCCUUAAGGGAUUGAUAACUGAAGAUUCCAAACAUUUGUGUGUCUUUCAUAAGAAAUCAACAAUUGCCUUGUGCACACUAAAUAUUACCGCACCUGAAAGUGAGUACGUGUAUUGUGGUUUGUCUACAUGCUUUGACACGGGAGAUUUGAAUCUUGCAUCAGAGGCUAAUUUUUUUUUCAUGACCUAACAAGUGGUGUACUUGUUGCCUCGAGGACCAGAAUGCACCUUCAUUCGUUUACUGGAAAAUAAAUGUAUGGUUUGGUGUGUUCAAAAGGCGACUUCUCAAGCGACAGAUUGUAGCCCACUAGCCACAUCUUGGCUAUGUCGAAAAGCCCAAUCUCUACUUGACAUCACCUGAAAGUAGCACAAUUUGGUGAGAUGGUAAUGUAUGGAAUAAGAUGUGUAAACUUGUGUUCUACUGCUGCAUAGAGCAGCACAUUUGAGCACCAAAAGUCUUCUUCCCCUCUUAAAUAUAACCAGUCCCUUUUUUUCUCUCUCUCCUCUGCACAGAAAGAGAAUUGGAUCAAUCUUAUAAAACAUAUCCAGGGUUUUUUUUUAAGGUGCUGAAGCUGCUCUCACCAACAAUUUGUAUUUCAAGGCAAAAACAACCCAUUAGUAAACCCUCGGUUUAAUGUCUCAUUAGUAAGCCAAGUGAAAUUUCGCAGAUAAGGCAAGAGUCUUAAUGUGACAAUCCAGAAUGUCAGCCAUGUGUUUGUGUACCACUGAAGUGAAGGAUUCAGAAAAUCAACUCUCUAGAUUUCAAUACUCCAG